AAUCUCUCACCUCUGCGGACAUUGCACUCCCCAUGGGCCGUGGCAUCUCGUGGGCAUCGAGCGCGUGGUACCAUCCAACAAACUAGCUCCUAAAUUAGGACUGAAGCUCUGUUCCCAAACAGGACGAUCCUUUGAAGAUUUUCUCGUUUUAGGAUGUUGAAAGAGUAAGUCUUCGCGCACUCGGUGGUAAGAAAGUAAGGUCGAGUAUAAGAACUGGCCGGGAGACGGCAAGGGGAGGACAACGAGCCUCUUGUGCAUUUUCGUUUUAUUGUUCUCCCCGCUUUUGGGCUAGACACUGCCAGCCACUCUCCUGCAUUCUGCAUUCUUUCCAGCUUCAGGAUUACAGUCUAUUUCCGUCCCUAAUCGCGUUCUCGAAUAACAAUCCUACCACCCCGCCUUUUCAAGAUGUUCGCCAAGAUCUCUGUUUUCUACUUCAUCGCUUUCUUCUUUGCUCUUCUGUCUCUCGUUUCGGCUGCUCCCAUGCCAAUCACUGUGCCCGCGCUCAUUGCAGACGCUGUCGUCCCUCAGAAUUUCAUUGAGCACCUUGCUCGCGACAGCAGCAUUCCGGACGCCUCCAUUUCUGAGGAGACCACUCCUGAAGUUCCUCGCGUUGAGGCUGAACCCGACGUCGACGUCGAGGCACGCAUUUGCCGCUACGGCUGCGAUUGAAGGCACC